AUGAAUGUUUUCAAUCAAUCCUACUUUGAAAGUAUAUUGCAAAAAGUGAGUUUUCCAGUUACUUUCAAAUUUGUCUAUUCAAAAAUUCAGGAAUUACCACGACAGGUUUAUUCCUGCAGUUAUUGUAAGAAAAAAACGUAUGAUCUCAAAGAAGUGACACGAAUUCGGAAUGUGAAUUCAGGCCGUGAAUUAUUGCAAAAAUGGGCGGAUAUUCUGGGUGAAAAUUUUCAAAAAAACAUAAGAGGAUUGAAAUCAAUUGCGAUAUGUAGAAGCCAUUUCAAAAAGACGUGGAACAGGCAUAGACCGCCGAAUUUAUUACCUGUUGCUGAUUUGGGAAAUACUAUUCCAGAAGAAAAUAUAACGAAAUCGGAAUUUGUAGGUUUUCAGGAGUCUUUCAUCUUUCAUAGAUUAUUUUUUUUUGAAUUUCCAGAUUCGCCCGCGAAUUAAGACAAAUUCUUCAGAAAAUUGCGCAUAUUGCGGUGAAACCAAGCAAUUCUUGCAAAUGACAACUGUUCCAACACAUGAAUUUUAUUUCAAUAAAUGGGUUGCUAUUCUAGGAGAGGAAUUCCGGAAAAAUGUGGAAAAUCGUGGAGAAAAAGCGUCGGCGAUUUGUCGAACUCAUUUCGAUGUGCAAUUUCUCAGCAGGCCACAGGCAUUAUUGCCAAAACCUAUGGAAUUGCGCGAGAAAAAAGCCGCGCGUGUGAAGAAAAUUGAGAACAAGCCGAAUAUGUUGGAAUGUUGCUAUUGUUCAGAAAUUCGACAAAAUCUGACGGAAAUGGUUGAGACGCCAAAACUCACGAAAUGUUUAUUGCGAUGGGCCGAUGUUCUUGGACCCACGUUUUAUGAGAAUUUUAUGAAGCGAAAGAAUCGCUAUAUUUGUGUGGAGCAUUUGAAAAGGGGAUCGAAAAUGAUAUUCAAUGAUGAUAUUAUGGAGGGUUUUAGACGCAGAGAGAAGGAGAAGGGAUUUAUUGCAAAUGUUGUGAAAGAAGAAGAAAUGGAGAUGGAUUUGAAACCUGAUUGUGAAAUUGAGAAGAUUUUGAUAGAGAAAGAUAUCAAAAUUGAGGUGGAAGAAGUGGAAUUGAGAGAAAUUAAGAUGGAAAUUCUAGAAUAG